AUGCUCCAUCACCAUGUCUUCCAAUUUUAUCUUAAAGGGGAUUCCUUUUACCAACAUACUGAUUUUUUAUGCAUUUCUGAUACUAUGAGUUUGGCCACUGAAGUCAUCAAAUCAAGAAUGGAUGUUACAAAUUCCACAUCAGCAAAACUUAUCAAAAAAGAAACUGCCCCAAAGCAGGGAGAAAACAAAUCCCAACCAACCUCUGAACAGUUAAGAAUUGCACAAUUGAUAAAUACAAAAAAGGAAGAUCCUAAAUUAAAAGAAAAAUUGAGACAGGUGAUGGACGCAACUCAAAGAACAAUGGAAGAAGCUUAUUUAGCAUUACAUGAUAGUGAAUUUGAUCCUAAUAGAGCAGUGAAUUUAUUAUUAGAAGGUGAUAUGGAAAGAGAAUGGUCGACAUUGUCGAAGAAAAAGAAGACUAGAACUCCAGGAGAGGCAAAACCACCUAAAAAUAAAUCUGAAAAUGUUCAAGAAGUGACACAGCAAUGUGAACCAUGGGAUUCUUCUCUUAAUACUAAACCUUCAAUUGGGAACAGAGGAUCUAAUUCUAGGGGUGGAAGAGGAGGUAGAAAUUUCCGUGGUAGAGGAGGAGGUUUUCAACAAUCUGAUUACGCUGAUCGUGGAAGGCGCUAUCACAGGCCGAGUAACACUAGUAGUAAUUAUGACGAACCAGAAGAUACUGGCAUUAUUCAAAGCAGGACUUUUGAAAGAGUUGUUCCUCCAACUGUAAGACCUGUUGACACAUGGGAUCCCAAGAGACCUAUAGCCUCAAUGCUUAACCAAAACCGUACCUAUGAUUGGGAUGAAGAAGAAUACACAGGGUCUUUAUCAGGCACUUUAGUUUAUACUUCAUCUGAAUCAAAUCCUCAAACAAAGUUGAAUAUCCCACCAACACACUCAACAUUUGAAACUAAAGAGUCAAACCUAUAUGAUGAUUCUAUAGUUCACCCAACAUUGCCAAGUUUACCAUCUCCUACUAAAGGACAAUUUUUUCCAACAAGAGUUAUACCUCCAACCAAUAUGCCAACAUCCUUGCCUCCACCAAUUACAAGCUGUUGCACAUCUGUCCCAGCAGCUCUUAAAAGCAGAUCUCCACCACUUGGGGCCAAUCCUUCAAAACCUCAUAGGAUUGAUAAGCUGAAAGAAAACCAAGAAAUUACAGGGGAUAGAAUCUCUUACAAGCCACAUGGAAGUGUUACAAAACAUCCUUCAAAACCAGUUGAAAUGCCUCCUGUUUCUGUUAAAAGCAACGUAGGGCUAUUGGAUAUCCAAUUUGGAUCUUUGGAUUUAAAAGAUAAUUCUAAUGAAGCAAAUGCUUUUUCACUGCAACCAACUAAUCUCAGAACAUCAAAACAUCAUGAAAAUAGAGCAUCUAAAAUAAAUAAAAGUGAUUCUUCUUCUCAUAUUUUUUCUGGAAGUUCUAAUCCUGUUGAUUCUAUACCUCCUACAUCUUUUUGUAAAGUUCCUCAAAUGUUUCAGCAAGCACAGCCAGUUUAUAGUUCUCAAUAUUUAUCUGGUUUAGCCACAACUUCAAUUAAAAACACAGCUCCUAAUCAGAAUAUUUAUCCUGCUUCAUCUGGUGGAGAGAGUGGAGGGAUGAGUAAUGUGUGUCCUCAGUACCAUUGUAGUAAUUAUGUGACGCAACCUUCCCAGUCGAUACCUGUGAUGUCGAACAUAUCUAAUUCCUAUCAGAAUAUUUUAGGAACUCAAUCUUAUACUUCAAGUAGUCAAAAUAUCUACGGAAGCAAUGUUUUGCCAACAACUUCAUACACUACUCCUUAUCAAACUUACAGUAGCACUGCACAGCAUAAACCUACAAUAGUUCCUAUACCUUUUACAGCCUCCAAGGAUUUUGAUUCAGGAAAUCAAAAUGUUAGUCUAGGUUUAUCUACUAGAUCUGGUGGCCCAACUGCUUCAUCUAUGCUUUCGAAUAACCAGUCUUUUCCUUCGACAAAACCCACAACUGUACCGAAGAAUCCUAUUCUCUCUAGCAUACCUCCUCUUAUGGGACAGCAUCCCAUGUUCUAUGGACAAGGCGGUAUGCCUUUCUUUCAGGCCCCUGUUUAUUAUCAGGACUUGCAGCUAAUGCCACAACAAAGGCUUGCUUCUCCAAUGAAUGCUGCAUAUUAUGAAGUAGGAUACCCAUCAUUAACUAGAGAUGUUCCAUACAACAUGAAUGAGAGGGUGCUUCCUAAACAAGACAGCGCCCAAGCUUUGCCACAAGGACAUCAAAUGAUUGGUGGUUGUCCUGCUGGUCAUCUAGGUCCAAGCACUGUCUUUGGAACUGAUACAGAACAUUACAUUGAUCGUGACGUGAUUUGUGAAAAUACUAGUGGAAGUUGUAAUGAAAUUUGUGAAUCUACUUCGUCUUGUCAGUUAAUUCCAUCAGGAAUGACGUUGAUGGACUCCAGUUCCAGUGAUGCUAUAAAUAUGUGUUCUAAACCGAGCAAUGUGACCCAGAAAAAAUUAAAUGAAUUUGACUAA